UUUAGCACAAAAAAUUAUGCAAACUUCUUGGAUUUUCGCUAACACUAGCGAAAAUAAGUAGAACUCACCCGCAAACAAAAUUAACGAAUUAUAGAGCACCUAAAGAAGCGCCAAUAUAUCCAAUUGCAUUUUUUGGGUAUAUAAGACCCAUUGCUUGCUAACUGCAAUCAUCAGUUCACUUCGGUAGCUUCACAGUUCAAGUUAUUACAAGAACCCAAAACAACUCAAAUCAUUCACAAUGAAAUCCUUCGUUUGCAUUGCUCUCUUCGCCGCCAUCUUCAGCGUUGCAUUGGCUGGUACUGCCGUAUCCGGUGUUCAAGAGGCCGAAGCCGACCAAGGUGUACAAGGUGCCUACGAUUUGACACGUUUCCGUAAAUCCGCUUAUGGUGGUGGCGCCGCCGCUAGCAUUCCAGCACCUCCUUGCCCAAAGAACUACCUCUUCAGCUGUCAACCUAACUUGGCGCCAGUCGCUUGUGCCGCCCCAGCUGCUGCUCCAUCAUAUGGCUCUGCCGGUGCCUACUCCGCGCCCAUCCCAACUUAUGUGGCUCCUAUUCCAUCUGGCUACGCUGGUGUGGGCUACAACCCACAAUUCUAUCAAUAUUGAGGAAACGAUGUGAAUCUUGAAUUGGCCAUGGACGUGCGAUAACUUGCGAAUUGGAGGGAGUACAAGUGGAAUUAGUCAUUGUAUUUGUGUUUGUAUUUGUAUUUUAUUUAUAAAUAAUUUUCAGCGAAAAAUAAUAAAUAA